AUGAGUGCUUAAUAAAGGAGAUUAUAAGAAUAAAUGCUUAGAAUGGGUUAUUAACCUGCAAAAAAGAGUUAGUUUUAAUUAAAGCCUGUAAAUCUUGCUAGACAACUUAAAACUCUUCCUGAUAUUCCAAAUACAUAAAGAUUAGAAGUUUCUCCUUAAGGAGAUUAAAAAUUAUAAAAGAUAAUUAGUACAUAUAGAGCUUCAAAUGCAAAUAUUAGAAUAACUUGCAAGAGAACUUCAAUCUAAAGAAUGUCGAUCAAAGAAUAAAUAAAGAAUUACGUAAAAUAUCAAAGUAGUGUGUAAGUAUAUGGACUAAUUAUAGAUAACUUGAUGGUUUAGAUGCACUUAGAAAUCUUAUAAAAAACGGAGAUUCUUUGAGUAUCAAUAUAAAUAAGGCAUAAAAUAUUGAAUUCUUUGUGGGAUCACUGAGUGAUGGACAUGGUGAAUUUGGAAAUUAAAUUUCUUCUUUGAUUACAGAAUUUUAUUUAGAAGAGUUAUAGAAAUUGUUUGCUUCAGUUCCCUUAUUAUAACUGAGUCUAACUUUAAAAGAUAAUCUAAAGAAGAUUUAUUAGCAGAUUGAAUAAAAAUUAGUAUAUUAGUAUUUAUAUAAUAUUUUAGGUUGGAUAAACAUUAAUUAAUUAUAGAUUGAGUGGAGCCUCACUGCUAAGUUUAAUUAUAGUUAAUAACAUAAUAUUUUGUUCAAAUUUAGGAGAUUCUAAAGCAGCUUAUUUUUAUAAAUCAGAAUAGUUAAAUGACAAUCCAAAAGAGAUAAGAAAAUUUGUUUAAAAAAAUUUAAAUUCAAUACAUGAUACAAAUAGUGGAAAAGAAGUUGAUAGAAUAAUAAGAAAGGGAGGCAAAAUAGAUUAGGCUAUUUUUAAAGGAUAAAAGGAAGGUAGUUUAAAAAUUUGGGUUCCUAAAUAAAAUUAUCCUGGAAUCAAAAUAACAAGAUGUUUUGGAAAUUAAAUAGGCAAAGAUAUAGGAAUAAUAGCUGAACCUGAUAUAAUAGAAUUCAAGAUCCCAAAAUCAGGAUAUCUUCUUAUAGCAAGUACAGGAUUAUGGGAGAAAUUGGAUUUAUUGUUGAUUGAUAAAAUCUUAGAUAGCAAUUAUCCUCCUGAAUCUUGGGCUGAUGUAGAUAAAGCCACAAAAUAACUUGGAAAUGAAACUAGAAAGUUUUGGGAUGUUGAUGGAUAAGGAUCUGUAGACAUUUCUUUAAGCUUAGUUUACAUAUCCUUAGAAAAGUGA